CGGAGCUGCUCUACGUAAUGGUCGUAUUGCGCAAUACCACCCGUGACUGACUGUCACUGACCCUAUCCAUAGUUACAAUACAAGCUCCCGCCGAUAAGCUCGGUGACCCCAAAAUCUGGGCAUCCAGCCAUGCAUGUGCUUCUGCUGCUGCGACUUCACUUGUGACCUCACUCUUUCCUUUCUCCACACACACCAACCCCCUUGGAGAUGCUCCUUCUACUUGAUUUGACUUGACCACAGCAGAAGAGUCCUCGUUGAUGGAUCGCCAUGGAUGAUACUAUCGCAGAACCCAUCGUCAAUCGCGAUGAGCCUAUACCUGUCAUAUUCUCGGACAAGCAGAAACAUGAUACCAAGCAUCCGCGAGCUCGGGGGCACAAGCAAUCAGUUUCGGGGGUUGGGCGGUCUCUGCAGGACAGGCUAUUCUCCAAAAUUCUGGAGCAGGUAGUGCCUACAGAAGAUGCCGAUAAGGAAUCGUUGUCAGGCGGCGACAAGUCUCUCGCCGCAGACCCCAAGCGGCCAGCCUUCAGCCUACCUCUCAUGGCAAACAACUUUCGCAGGUUCAAUGCAAGAAUUGGAAUUGUCUUUACGUUUCAAAUCCAGGUUGAGCGUCUGUUCAGCUGGAAAAAAGCCUCCCACACGCUUUCGUUCCUCUUCAUCUAUUCGUUCAUCUGUCUGAACCCACACCUCUUCGUACUGAUUCCGAUAUCCAUUCUUCUAUUCUUCAUCAUGGUGCCUGCAUUCCUUGCGCGACACCCUCCCCCUCCUUCAACGUCGACCUCAAGUAUCAUGCCUUACUACUCUUACGAUGGCCCGGCACUUGCACCUGCGAAAACCAUCAAGCCAGCCUCAGAGACCUCGAAGGACUUCUUCGUGAAUAUGCGGGACUUGCAGAAUUGCAUGGCGGACUUCUCCGACGCCCACGACGCCAUGGUCUCCGCCUUUGCACCUGUGACCAAUUUCUCCGACGAGAAGCUUUCGUCAGCGGUUUUCUUACUGUGUCUGCUCGUUGCCGCUCUUUUGUUCUUGACUGCCCAUCUUGUUCCUUGGCGCUUGGUCUUCCUGGCUGGCGGUAAUCUAGCUAUAUUCUCCCUGCACCCUCGUUUUCACCAUUUUGUCCAGGCUAUCACAGCGGACCUCUCACAGCAACCUGCGGGAACGGAAUCCAUGGCCGAAAAGCAACUCAGGAGCGCGGCAAACGCUGCUGGGGUUCCACUACCCGCUUCCUCCUCUAGUGCCAUGUCCUUGAUGAGAUCAUUGGCUAAUAUCUCUCUGGAUUCUGACACUGAAGAACGCGAGGUCGAAAUCUUUGAGAUUCAGUAUCGCUCCCUGGCACCAUAUGCCGAAUCUCAGUGGGACCAUUUCCUGUUCAGUCCGAUGCCAUACGACCCACUCUCGCCACUUCGCAUCGCAGGCGACCGUCCCAAAGGGUGCCGGUUUUUCGAGGACGUCCAACCUCCAAGCGGUUGGGCAUGGAAGAGUAAAAAGUGGGAGCUGGAUCUAGACUGUCGCGAGUGGGUGGUCGAGCGCAUGAUCACGGGGGUUGGCUUCGAGGUACCGGGGGGCGCCUCUGAAGACCAAACAGCCGGUGGAGAGAUCGGGGGCUGGGUCUGGGAUCUGCCUCCUGCUUUUGUCGCGGAUGACAACACAGCCAGUGAUAGAAAAGCGUCUGCGAAGAAGGGCAAGGAACGUGCCUCGCACGAUUAUGAAGAAAGAGGUAAUACCGGAGGAAUGGGUGAGUGGAGAAGGCGGCGCUGGGUUCGCGUGGUACACAGAACUAGUAUGCCGGCUGGUCAGCAACAGACGACAAAUGAUGAGACUGUCUUGUGUUACCCAAACCCAGUCACUAGGUGGUCAAUUCUGAUGCUGAUAGACAUGAAUGAUGGAGAUGCUAGUUCCUGUUAUUGGCUGUGGGACUCUCCCCAUGCGCGGCCGUCGCUCUGUGCCUUGGAGUACCUCUCCCUUGCACCAGCGAUAGUUAUUUUGAUCAUUGCACUGAGCCACUUACUAUCACAUGGAGCUUUGCUAAGAUGCCCAAAAUGGAUUAAUACCUUCAUUCAGGAGCAGCCAGCAUCGAUAGAGCUGCCCAUAGAACGGCUUCCGCAGCGGGUUGGCUGGGUUGUAGCCCUGUUCGCCAUCUCGAUGAUUGGAUUCCUAGCUGAACUGAUCAGCGUUAUUCUCGGCGGGCCUUUGAUAAGCACCGUACUCCCUAUCUCCUGGGCUGUGGCUGCUGCCAUGGUUGCAGUGCUGCGCCCGAGAUCGUGCCCUACAUCCCUGCUUUCUUUUUUUCUGAGUGCACUGGUGGUCGAGUCCGCAUAUCUCAUCAAUGAUGAUGUGUAUAAUGUCUCUAGACUCUUCACACGCCAUGUGGCUGCUGCUGCUGCUUUGGCCGGCUGUACGGUCAUCCUUGCAAUGCCCUUUCGCCGCCAUAGUCUUCCGCAGGACGACAUCAGCGCUGUUGGUCAAGUGCCAUCCAGCGACUUGCGCAGCCCAGAGGACAACUUGCGACUUUGGCAGUUUCUGAGCGUGUCUUGGAUGGCUCCACUGAUUUCUGUAGGCAAGAACAAACAAUUGCAGGAGGAAGAUGUGUGGUUUCUGGGAUACGAGUUUCAGCAUCGCAGACUGCACGAGAAGUUCCGGCAAUUGAAAGGAUCCGUGCUGGGAAGGCUACUUCAAGCGAAUGGAAUUGACGUGCUAAUAAUAACGACAAUCUCCAUCGUGCAGAUGCUUUGUGAUUUCUCGACCCCUGUCUUGCUCCAGCAAUUGUUGCAGGCGAUGAAGGAUCGAGGCACGUCCAGCAGGCCGGCCUUGACCUAUGCAUUACUGAGCCUGGUGCUUCGCCUGGUGCUAGCGCAGGCCCAGGUUCUCAAUCUGUGGUACGGGAGACGUGCCUACGAACGGAGUAGAGGCGAGAUGAUUAUGAUGGUUUAUGAGAAGGCACUUUCGAGAAAGAACGUCUUCGAUCAGGAGAUAAGCGAGAAGGAAGAUGGAGUCGAGCCCUCCGAAGAAACGGAUGAUGAGACAGAAUCGGAUCGCCAAUCAAAGAGGUGGUGGUGGUCCUUCUCGCGCUCCAAGAAAGUAACGCGCAAGGAGAGGAUUAAGAAAACAGCGUCCAUGGGCAAAAUCUUCAAUCUAUUACGUGGAGACGUCUACGAAGUCGCGCAGAGAUUCUGGGAAAUUGACUCCCUGAUUGACAAACCGCUGGGGCUUAUCAUUGCGACCGUUCUCGUCUGGAAGCUCCUCGGCCCGUCAUGCUUCUUGGGAGUUAUAGCAAUUUUGGUUGCCCAAACGCUUAACGCGUUCAUCACUCGUACACUUCUUCGCUGGGAACGUAUAUCUUCUCAAUUUGUUGAGGCUCUGCGACAUUUGCGUUGGUACGGUUGGCAGAACCAUUGGCUCCGUCAGGUAAUGGACGCCAGACAUCUUUGGAAUGUGCUGAUUCGCUUCAUCAACACCCUUGCUAGUGGGCUGUUCCCUGUGGUCGCAUUAUACGCUUACACCUUCUUGGCUGGAAACCCGCUGCGCAUCGAUAUCAUCUUUCCUGCUCUUCAGCUGUUUACAAUGCUGGAAACCCGACUGAGGGAUAUCCCGAGUCUCAUCACUGUGCUCAUAAACGCCUCGAUUGCUAUGGAGAGAAUCGAGGACUUCAUGGCAGAGCCUGAUAAAGAGAACACGCCACUUGCUGCUGACUGCGCCUCUCUCAUCAAACUGGAAUCAUGUAGCUUUGCCUGGCCCGGGAAAUUAUUACCUGUGCUUUCCAAUGUCAACCUUGACGUGCCCCAAGGUCUGACCGUUGUCCACGGUAAGGUGGGAUCUGGCAAGACAGCUUUGCUCCAAGCCCUACUGGGCGAGCUGGAUAGACUGGAAGGAAUCUCUCAUCUCCCAAAUGAAAUGGUCGGGUUCUGUGCGCAGACCCCGUGGCUGCAGAGCAUGAGUAUCAGGGACAACAUUCUGUUCUCUUCGCCGUUUGAUGAGCAGCGUUACAAGCUGGUGCUAGAUGCCUGUGCACUUAUACCGGAUCUCUCCAACUUCAAGCAUGGUGACCUGUCUUUUGUGGGCGAGAAUGGAAUAGGUCUCUCUGGGGGUCAGAAGGCACGGGUGGCUCUGGCACGGGCAAUGUAUAGCUCGGCUAGGAUACUGCUACUUGACGACCCUCUUUCAGCCUUAGACCAUAAUACAGCAGAGACAGUUGUUCAUCAAUGUUUCUUGGGUCCGCUAAUGCGCAACCGGACUGUGGUUCUUGUCACUCACAGAACCCACCUAGUCGGUGAAAUUGCUGACCAAAUUGUUCGCAUCGAAAAUGGGAAGGCCACGGUAGAAAUUAACCAGAAUGUGUCGUCUCAUGGCAGCGAUGACCAGGAAAGCGCUCCGUCAGAAAGCACAGAAACUGCCAACGAGGGUGAAGUUGCUCUUGAAGAUGCCUCUGCUGCAAUUCCCACGAAAUUCAUAGAAGAAGAACAUAGAGCAGAAUGGGGAGUGCAGGCACGAGUAUAUUGGAAGUACAUCCAAGCUGGCAAAUACCGCUGGUGGCUCGCCCUCUUUGCGGUAUUGACAAUCUAUCGCCUGUCUUCCGUUGGCCAGUCAUGGUUUCUCAAGGAGUGGGGAGAGGCAUACAAGCAGGUACUCUUGUUCUUCGGACAAUCGAACCUCAACCGUGUGUCUUCCAGUGCGGAAAUAACUACCGCCUCGACGAUGGCAAACAACAUCCACUGGGCGCCGCGGGACCCAUUUGAUGGCUUCCCCGCGCCAGAAGAGAAUGUGAAACCCUGGUUGGUAGCAUUUUUGCUCAUUACCAGCUUUCAGUCCCUGAUGCUUCUGCUCGCACAGCUUCUGAUGCUGGUGAUCGUCUAUUGCGCCGGCCGAACGCUGUUCGAGGAGGUGAUGGUACGAGUGAGCAACGCCACGUUCCGAUUCUUCGAUGUCACGCCCGUGGGUCGCCUGAUGAAUCGACUUACUUCUGACAUUGGAGUGGUCGACGGGAACAUCAGCGAACAGUUCCAAAUGAUCGCAUUCCAAGCCAUCACCUGGGUGUCCUCGAUCGCCGUGAUCGCAACUGUGACUCCGACAUUCCUCGGGUUCUCGCUCCUACUCACCGCGGCCUUUGUUCUCAUCUUCCGACGUUUCCUCCCCACCUCGCAGAGCUUGCGACGUCUGGAGAUGGUAUCGCUGAGUCCACUAAUUUCCAAUUUCGGUGAACUGCUUCAUGGCCUCACCACCGUGCGCGCCUUCCACGCCGAGAGCCGCUUCCAGGACCGCGUCAUCGCCGUCGUCGACAAGUUCCAGGGCAUGGACCACUUCUACUGGUCACUGCAAAGCUGGCUCAUGUACCGGUUCGAGAGCCUUUCCGCGGUCUCGACCUUCUGCCUUACCGUCCUCGCUCUCUACACCAGCGUCGGCCCCGGCCUAGCAGCCUUCGUCCUGAUCGCGGCCAACAACUUCGUCACCUCCACCCAUGCCCUGUGCAAGCAGUACGGCCAGCUCCAAAUGGACUUUGUAUCGGUCGAGCGAGUGGACGAACUGCUGCACGUGGAGCAAGAACCCCCCGGCACAAUCGAUCCUCCGGCCUCGUGGCCCAAAUUCGGCCAAGACAUCGUCUUCGAGGACGUGACGAUCCGCUACGCGCCGCACCUCGACCCCUCGCUCCGCAACAUCUCCCUGCGCAUCCCCGGCGGCUCCACAACGGCCAUCAUUGGGCGCACCGGCAGCGGCAAGUCCACGCUGGCCGUCGCUAUGCUCAGCGUCGUGCGGCCCGAAUCCGGGCGCAUCCUCGUCGACGGCCUGGACAUCGCGCAGGUCACAACGCAAGCGCUGCGGUCCCGCGUCACGUUCGUCGCGCAGGACCCUGUCCUCUUCCCCGGGAGCAUUCGGCUCAACCUCGAUCCGACGGGGGAGUACUCCGACGCCGAAUGCGCCGAGGUGCUCAAGCGCGUCUGCAGCCGCCACGGCUGGAGUCUCGAGACGCCCGUGGAAGCCGGAGGCCGCAAUCUGAGCCAGGGCGAGCGGCAGCUGAUUGGGCUCACGCGAGCGGUGCUGCGGCGCAGUCCCAUCGUCAUCCUGGACGAAGCGACGGCGUCGAUCGACCAUGAAAGCUCGUUGGAGAUCCAGCAGAUCCUGCGCGAGGAGAUGAGGGAGUCGACGGUGGUGACCAUCGCGCAUCGGCUGGAGGCGAUCAAGGAUGCGGAGUAUUAUAUUGUUCUGGAUAAGGGAGGGGUGUCGGAGCAAGGGUAUGUUCGGGAUAUGUGAGGUGGAAU